AUGGAAAGUGCCGAUGGGAUUACAUUUUUGAAAUGGAAAGACAAGAGAGAUGUGUAUGUUCUUUCAACUAAGCAUACUAAUAAAUUUAGAAGGGUAUUGUCAACAAAUGCGCGCAAAGUGUCUUUCAAGCCACAAAUAGUCCUCGACUAUAACAAGGCAAAAGGAGCGGUUGAUUCAUCCGAUCAAAUGACGGCGUACUGCACACCAUUACGAAAAAGUGUAAAAUUGUACAAGAAGCUUGCCAUAAACUUACUGUUAAACACUGCGUUAGUCAAUGCUUUAGUGCUUUAUCAAAUGACAGGAAGACGGAUGCAAAUUGUAGAAUUCAGGAAGCAAAUACUACUUGGCCUAAUAGGGGAGAAACAAAAAACUGUUAAAGACUCGAAACCAAAAAGGCUAAAUAAUAGAUUGGAAAAAAAAGAUGGACCAAGUAAAAAGUGCCGCCGAUCAUGCGCUAAUUGUUACAGAUAA